UCUAGGCGUUUUGGUACAUUUGUCUUACUCUAUUAACUCCUUACAAGCUCCAUCAGAAUUCUCCAAAUUUCAUCAAGCUUUUCAUCAUGAAUUCAGGCUUCAGCAUUAUGUAUAAAUUCAACAUGCAUCGUUUAAGGUGAUCAAGACAAUGCAUAAAAAUUCUAGCCAAUAAAACCAACAGGGCAACCGUUAGUCGAUGGCUUCUUCUCAGCUCCCUCUUCUUCUCUCCCUUUUCCUCAUCCUGCUCCUCCAACUUCUCUCCACCAAAGCCAAGCUUCUCAACAGCAAGUUACUCACGUCAACCAUCCUUUCCCAACUAUCAACCACCACACAUGUCAAUGAAACCAAACCAAUCGUCUACUUCGAAGUGACCAAACCAAACAAACUACCCAGAACAAAACCUUGUUCCCAACUCAUACUCAGCCAUGACUUUGGCAACACCUAUAGAAAGCCCCUAGUACUUGCAAACUAUACCCCUCCCUCUCAUUGCACUUCCCUAAAGUUAUCCAAAAUCAUUCUUGAGUGGAAAGCAACAUGUGAAGGAAGACAAUUUGAUCGCAUUUUUGGAGUUUGGUUAGGCGGCGUGGAGCUUCUCAGAGGCUGCACUGCAGAGCCAACAGCCAUUGGGGUCAUGUGGAGUGUUGAUAAGGACAUUACAAGGUACCAAUCAUUGCUUGUUAAGAAUCAGACACAAACUUUUGCCGUUCAUCUUAGUAAUAUUGUUGAUAAUACUUAUACCGGGGUGUAUCAUGUGAAUAUAACUAUCAAAUUUUAUCCUACUGAAGAGAAGUUGAAUUCUCAUGAGAAUGAUUUGGAUUAUCCAUCUUCCAGAUUUUUUGCUAAUGCUGAUUUAAUCUUACCCAUUUCGCGAAAUUUACCAUGGAAUGAUGGGUUGUGGUUUGAAAUAACGAGUCCAAUGGAUGCUCAAGUGAAGGAAUUCAAAAUUCCACAGAAUGCUUACAGAGCUGUACUGGAAAUUUACUUAUCUUUCCAUCAGGAAGAUGAAUUUUGGUAUUCAAAUUUUCCCAAUGAGUACAUUUCAACAAAUCAUCUUGGAAACACACCAGGGAAUGGACCUUUUAGAGAGGUUGUGGUCAGUCUUGAUGAUGAAAUAGUCGGCACAAUUUGGCCAUUUACUGUCAUCUAUACAGGAGGAAUAAACUUCCUAUUCUGGAGUCCCAUUACAGGCAUUGGCUCAUUUGAUCUUCCUUCUUAUGAUAUCGAAAUCACUCCUUUCUUGGGCAACAUAUUAGAUGGAAAAAACCAUAAGUUUGGUUUCAGUGUCACAAAUGGUAUGAAUGUGUGGUUCGUAGAUGCUAAUUUGCAUCUUUGGUUGGACAGUAAGAGCAGAAAAACCCAAGGAAAGGUUUUGGAACACAAUGUCUCAGCUCUUCAUGUUUAUUCGCAGUCAGAUUUUAAGGGUCUAGAUGGAACAGUCUUGACAAAUGUAAGCAGAUCAAUGUUCUCAUCUGGGUGGGUCAACUCCUCCUAUGGAGAGAUGACAACCGAAUGGAUUCAAGAUUUUCGCUAUACUAACUCCAUGUCGAUAAGCAAAGAUGCGACUAAACAGAUCAUUAAUCAAAUGAUCCAUUUUAAUGACAGUGUUUACACCAGAAUGCCUAACUAUUCUGUGUACUCAAUGUAUUCAUAUAAAAGGUUUCCCCUCGGUAUAUCCACUGAUGUACUGGAUAAGGGAAAUGAAAGUUAUUCAUUGGUAACAAACAUCACGCUAGGAUUCAAUGAAAAGGAAUCCCAGAUUGCUGGUUCUGAUUUCUCAUUCGGCUCUCUCCAGAAUCUGCAGAAUGGGGAAGUUUUAGUAGCUAUCCAGGACAACCAUGUUCUCAACGCUCUGUGGAAUACCAAACAAGCAUAUGAAUAUCAUGGCAGUGACUUGUGCUACUUCAGGAACAUAAGCAGCUUAAACGACAACAUUCUCUAUGAUAUUUUGUCAAAUACAUGCAUGCAGUGAAGAAAGAAUCUCAUCUGAAUAAGUUGAAUCCAAAAUUGGUUCAUGAAAUUCCUCUUUGUAAACAUUCCAUGUACUCUUUCCAUUUAUCAGCAUGAAAUCUUAUUUGAGUGAA